GUGAGGGCCAGGGCCAGGGCCAGGGCCAGGGCCAGGGCCGGCAGCAGCAGCAGCAGCACCAUGGAGAGCGGCGCCGACGGGCGCCUGGACGCCGCCGCCUUCCUCGGGGCCUGGCGGCGCUUCGACGCCGACGACAAUGGUUACAUAGAAGGGAAGGAGCUUGACGAUUUUUUUCAUCAUCUCCUGGAGAAACUGGGACCAGAAAGCACCAUCACAGAAGAAGAAGUUCAGAGGAUGAAGGAGCAAUUCAUGUCUGUUUAUGAUGUCACCACAGAUGGACGCCUGCAAAUCCAGGAGCUUGCAAAUAUGAUGUUGCCGGAUGAUGAGAAUUUCCUACUGCUUUUCCGACGGGAAACUCCCUUGGACAACAGCGUGGAAUUCAUGCGGAUCUGGCGCAGUUACGAUGCUGACAGCAGUGGAUUUAUUUCAGCUGGUGAACUCAAAGAUUUCCUGCGAGAUCUCUUUUUGCAGCAUAACAAGAUGGUUGCUGAGGUAAAGCUGGAAGAGUAUACUGAUACUAUGAUGAAAAUCUUUGACAAAAACAAAGAUGGACGACUGGACCUGAAUGACCUGGCAAGGAUUCUGGCACUCCAGGAAAAUUUCCUUCUGCAAUUCAAGAUGGAUGCUUGCAGCACAGAAGAAAGGAGGAGAGAUUUUGAGAAGAUCUUUGCACACUACGAUGUUAAUAACAAAACAGAAGAAACAGCUGAUGUGUAUAGAGAAAUUUCAUAUCUUGUGAUUUCAAAAGAACAACAUCUUCAUAUGGUCUUUUUGGAGAAGAAGUUUUGCUGCUUCAGGAGUCCUUGGACUUCUUCCAUUUGAGUCUUGGUGAAAACUGGGUGACAACCAGUGCCUCUCUGCUCCUGCUGCAUGCUGGGCUUUCUGUCUGCUCAGUGAGUUUUACCAGUGCCAGAAACUCAGAAAUGGUAAUUUAUGCCUACUGGAACAAGCAUUGCCUGCAACAAGAACACCUGCUCCUGUGUAAGAGACAUUCCACUGUGCAAGGUGAUCAGUCCUGCCUGUCCUUCCUUCCUGCACUAUAGUACCUGAUUUGAACUUGCCCCAGAAAUCCCGGUUUAAAAGCUUGCACUGUGCUUGAGGAUGGACCACUCUGAGACCUUCAACAUACCACUGUAAGCCCAGACGAGAAAAAGGAUUAAGGCUUGUGCUCCAGGUGUGCAAUAACUCUACUCAUCAGAGACUGGAAUCCAAACAAAGUCAAGGCAUGUGCUUACAUACAUUUCAUAGUGAAACACCAAUCUUCACUCUCAUGUAACAAAGUGCAGCGAGUGUUUAAUGGACAUAAACUGGGAGCAGUGAAAACAUGGAUAGAAAGUACCAAAGAAGGCAAAACAGGGCAAUGUCAGUCUCAAGGAACAAGUUCUAAGAAAGCAGGACUGGGAUAAUACUAUGUUUUUAAAGUUGCUAUUUACCAGAUUGGACAUAUGUCUACUUGAAAUUAACACCAGCAUUAGUAAAAAAAAUCGACUUAAAUCUGCUUAAGUCAAUAGAAAAGAGGGUUUGUCACUGAAAUGUCUGCCAGAUGAAAAUUUCAUGUCUGAAUAGGAAGGUAGAUUUGGGAUUUAAAAGGGCAUUCCAUACCAAAACAGGGAAGUCCAAAUGCCAUGUUAAAUGCUCUGUUAAAUGCUUUGUUAAAUAGAAUUUUUUUUCCUCCCUGUUCCCACUCUUGCAAAAAAUUGGUAAGUGGGAUAAACAACACAGGACUCUUUCCUCCCUUGGAUAUCUCUGCUGCUGGCUGAAGACAGCGCAGCACUUCUCAGAUGGCAAAAGCAGGAGGAAUUCCUUUCGUAACAUCUGCCUACGUGAGGGUCCUGGAAUUUGCAUCUUCCCUGAGCCUGCUUUAGCUCACCUCCCUGCCUUCUUGACAUUCCCCUCUUGUCCAGCAGAUAAGAGCACAUUUUCAGAAUCAGUUUUGCAAUUACCCAUCUUCUCAGUUUUCUUUCCUGACCUUUAAAGGGUAUGCACCGAAUAAAUGCCUUUGUACAAGUGCCAGACUUUCUGCAGGGUGGCUGUUUCAAAGGAAUAAAUAUGAUCUUUUCAUAAAUACCAUGUCAGGCCCAUGUAACUCACAACUUAUUUAUUACAGUCCUAAUGCACACCGUGGAAGCCAGGGCUAGUGUUGCACAAGAACAUCCAUCUAAAGCAUUUCAGAACUGCAGAGCAAGGUAGACAGCUAAAUUUUUGUGCAAGCUUGUGCUGCUUGGCCAUUGUUGAGUCUAGUUUUUACUUGAGUUUAGUGAAGCAUUUAAAACUAUUCAGAGUUGAGAAUCAAAUAAUAAAAAUAUUGCAGCCUGUGAAUUGUUUGUUAGGUAUGUAUUCUUGGUAUUCAAAAUCCAACCUAGCCACCUAGGUAAAAGGACAGAAAACUCUUCUGUUACAUUGAGUGUUAUCAGUUUGUCCCCAUUGACUAAGUAUUUCCAGCCUCCUUUCCAACCUUUUGGGGUUUGCACACCCCCACAGGGCUCACCUGAGCUGGACAGAAAGCUGCCUUAAUGAAAAGCUUUCCCACACUUUGCUGUUGCCAUGAUAUUCUCAGGAUGGGAAAAUAGCCCCAUCUUUGGUGUGCAUUGGCUCCGCACUUGUGUCCCCAAAUAUGGGAGGUGGGAAGCUAACAGAAAUUCCUUGUUUUACUGAGAAGGUCAGCAAGGACCACCUAAGGGGUGCCCUCACCCAGAUGGCAGUCAGCAAGUAGUAUUGGUUGGGAAGCAUGGCUGGGUGACAAGUGUCACCGCUUCAUUUAACCCCUUCGUUUCCCAAAUACAGCAGUGUAUGGGAGGGUUUCACCCAGUAUUGAAGAGCCAUGAGUUCAGAGCAUCACACCCUGCAGAUGGCUUUCCUGCCAUACAUGUGUAGCAUAGAUAGCUAAAUCCUCCUUCACUCCUCUGUCUUCCCCUGGUUCACACGUGCAUAGUGGAUUGUGAACCUUGAGGAGGUGAUGGGUCUUUGUGCUUCAAUACAGUUGUGGUCAAUCUGGUUGUGCUCAAUGCCUUUGCUCACAGUUUCUGCUGUGGAAACUGUGUGUGUAGCUCUAACAGAUCAGGGACAAAUAUUUUGUGCUUAGCAGAAGCAGAGAAACCAUCUCAGGGAGUUUUUUGGUCCCACUGAGUACACCUUGGCAUUUUUACAGGGCUGGGUUCUUACUGAAAAUGUGGCUCUAAGACCUUUGGUGGAAGAAAUUUGUCCUUAAGAUGAAAAAAAUUUCAAGGCACUUUCUAUCCACUGUCAUCCUGCACAAUAGCAUAUGAUAGCAUUUGAUACAUCCUGAGACAAAAGCUGACAUACCAAUAGUAAAUUCAUAAGAUAAAAAUAGUUAAUGAGCAAACUGCACUUGCUUCACUCUGUGCCUCAUGCAUAAUCAUAGACAGAUCUUAACCUAAAAAAAUCUGAUGUAGCAUACAUUGCUGCAGAGGUGAAAACGCUCUCUUCAUCUCACACAGUCUGGUUUUGUUUAUCAAGACACAAGUAGGUAUCAGCAUUGGAUGCUUAGCUUUCACCUCUAAAUCUGGCUUUCAGAUCUAGUGGCACAACUUCUUCCAUUUUUGGGGGGAGUUGAAUUAAACAUCAAUUCUUUUCUGCUUUUAAAACACUUUGAUUAAAGUAUUUUAAAAACAGCAACUCCACCAAGAGGUUUUGAAAGUCAGGUUGCUUGAGCGCAAGUAAAAAGAAAUUGUAAAUAACUUUGUUUUUUUACUGUAAUUUUCAGGUGGGAAGAAUAAACUAGAACUAUAAAAGAGAUGUUAGCAGAGCCAAAGUUAUUUAGUGUUUAGGUUCAAUAGAGCCAUUGGCAAGAUAAAGUCUUUUGUGGCUCUAUAUCAACCUUCUUACAAAUAAUCCAGAAAGCUGUACUAUCUGCUGAGCCCAGGGGUAACUUCAUUGGUAGUCACCACUUCUUAUUCAAAUUACACAUACAGUUGGGUGUUUAAAUUACAGGAAAACUUUGUGUUUAAGAGUUUCCGCAUCACGCCGAGGCUUGGGGAAAAAAGUCAGGUUUGACACAUAAUAGGGAUUGAUGUGCUACUUCAAAUGCUGGUGUUACUGGAAAGGAAGGAACUUCCACAGGAAGAGCAAAGGAAAUUAUACAGGAAUCAAUAAAGAAUGCUAAAAAUAGUGCUUGACUUAUCUUCCACAUGAGUCAAAAUACCCUACUCAAGGGAUACACAUGCUAUGUCUUGGCUGGUAUAUCCAAACUGCUUUUACUGGUGCACAGGCUGUCAGGAUUUCCUCCUAAGUCAAUGGGGAGAGGCAAGAGUCUCUAGAGGACCGUUCAUCUCACCUACCUAAGGAAUUGCCAGCAAAAAGAGAGUGCUGUAGAACCUGCCAUUUUCCUAAUUGCCAUCAGCUUCACAUGCUUAAAGUCAAGCAUGUGCUUAAUUAAUUUCCUGGGGGGUGCCCAGGGAGCUGAGCACCUGGCAGGACUGAACAGCUAGCUUGGAGGAAAACGAAUAAAUUUGCAAAUGUUCUGGAUGAACCUGAUGAACAAAACUGGGAAAUGAGGAGAGCUUGCCUGCAAGGAUGACUAAGUUGCAAGCUUGGAAGCAUAAUAAGUCUCAGGAGAGAGAAUAUGAUUAGUCAGGUAAUUUACAGGUAAUAUGCUUUCAUGGUUUUCUACUUAGCAUUAAUUUUCUUAAGCACCCGGCAUAAGCUUGCUCAUAGGGGAGGAGGGAGGUAGCGGUGAAGAAAGGGGCUGGGGUGGCUUUGUCCUGGGGAAUGCCAUGCCAUGCCAUGCCCACAGCUCUGGUCCCCGAAUCCUGCCAUGCCCAGCCUUGUCUGGCUAUGCUUUUGCUUAGACAAAAAGCAAAAGCAGCAUCCAUGAGCAUCCUCUUUCCAUCCAUCAGACACCUCUGACAGCAUCAGCACAGAGCAGUCAUGCUCAGAAAGGAGGAACAGCCAAAGCCUUUUGCAUACACAUUGGAAAAACUUGAUAUUUUGGAAUUCAAAGCAGAAGCUUCAGCUUGGAAGUUCACAGGGAUUUUAGCUGUGCAAAGCAGAAGCAAAACUGAGCAGUGUGAGUUGGGAGAUGAUGUUGUUAACCAAGGCUCUAACAAACAGUGGAGAAUGUGACAGGGAAAAUGAUGGGUGUAUGGCAAAUUCUGGGGGAGGUAAAGAGAGGAUGUCGCUUGGCUUUCUUCACACUUAGGAUUAACCUUUCUGCACUGUAGUGGUUGUUAUAUCUGACUAAGCAGCUGGUCAGAUCUGUUAAUUAGAUCUAUUUUAAACCCACAUUUAGAUGAGCACUCUUAAAGAACAACAGAUUAGAUGAAGGACAAAUACACUAGUAUCCAAGGUCCUUCUGCAAAAUAUGAGAAGAGAUGGUUCGAGCACAAUUAAGGAGGAGAUUUUUGUUUCUUAGAUACUACUAAAGCCUAUUACACAAACUCUUCAGGGCUCUCUACUCUCUGUAAUGGGGAUUUUGUGACUAGACUGAGAGCAAUACAAGGCUCUAAAUUUGAAGAUUAUAGACUGUAACAUGUCACAGAAAGUUUUUAACAUUGCCCCUUUUAAUCAGCACCAGACAAACAUGUGCAAGGAAUAAUACUCUCCCUACAUGCCUCCCACCUCCAACCUCCCCAUCUUCCAAACAAAAAACUGCAAGAGCCAACAGAUUUGCUCUGGCUUGUUUUAUUUCACUUUGAGCUUAUUAAAAUGCUGUGUUUGCAGUUUAUAUUUGUUGGCACACUGUUAUUUCAACGACAUUUAAACAAGAACUACAUAAGCAACAGGCAGAUCAAGAGAAUAACUCAUUUCAUUCUGUGUUUUGAAGGGAUCCUAUGUAGUCUUAUAAUCACCAAUUACAUUAUCUGUGCUAUUUAUUUGCUUUUGAUUUACUUACUUCAGAGGAUGACUGACUGACUGACUUCAGCUGUUUCCCUUUGUUUCUACUUGUUUCCGCUUUCAGUUUCUCGAGUACCAGCAUGACAAAUACAGCAACAACCAAAUUAAUCUACCAGCAGCAAGUGUUUACAACUCUAAAGGAUUGUCUG